CGUCCCUCCGCCGCCGAGGAGUUCGGCCACGCUCUCUUCCCUCCUGCUUCCUCCCUUGGUGGCUGGGCUGUUUCCCCCAUGGCUCUCUGCGUCUAGACCUGGCUGUCCUGUGCCUUUGCCAAUCAGACCUGACCUUCCUCCUCUGACAGUGAAGAGAGGGGCUCCCGCCCUCCCCGGGCUCGCUUUUCUCCCCCUCACCUUGACACCAAAGCGCCUCCGCUCCUGCCUCCGGGUGCCCUCCGCCCCCCCGCCCCGCCCGUCCUGGGCACCCAUCACCCAUGGACGACUCGGAGGUGGAGUCGACCGCCAGCAUCCUUGCGUCGGUCAAGGAGCAGGAGGCGCAGUUCGAGCAGCUGACGCGGGCGCUGGAGGAGGAGCGGCGCCAUGUCUCUGCCCAGCUGGAGCGAGUCCGCGUCUCCCCGCAGGACGCCGGCCCGGGCCUGGCCAACGGCACGCUCACCCGGCGGCACCAGAACGGCCGUUUCUUGGGCGAUGCUGACCUGGAAAGGCAGAAAUACUCAGAUCUGAAGCUCAACGGGCCACAGGACCACAGCCACCUCUUGUACAGCACCAUCCCCAGGAUGCAGGACCCAGGCCAGAUCGUGGAGGAGACCUACACCAUGGAGGAGGACCCGGAGGGAGCCAUGUCGGUGGUGUCUGUGGAGACGUCGGACGACGGCACCACGCGGCGCACCGAGACCACGGUGAAGAAGGUGGUGAAGACUAUGACCACCCGGACGGUGCAGCAGGUGCCCGUGGGGCCUGACGGCUUGCCCCUGGAGGCCUCCCCCGUCCCCAGCAGCUACGUCCAGACCAUGGACAGGAACUUCCGCAAGAACGGCAACGGAGGCCCCGGCGGCUACCUGGGCCAGCCGGGCACGGCCACCCUGCCCCGUAACUACCACUACCCCGACGGCUACAGCCGGCCCUACGAGGACGGCUACCCGGGCGGCGACCACAGCUACGGCAGCCUGUCGCGCGUCACCCGCAUCGAGGAGCGCUACCGCCCCUCCAUGGACACCUACCGCGCCCCCAGCCGCCAGGACAUCUACGGCCCCCAGCCCCAGGUGCGCGUCGGGGGCAGCAGCAUGGACCUCAACCACUUCCACCCCGAGCCCUACGGCCUGGAGGACGACCAGCGCAGCGUGGGCUUCGAGGAUGUGGACUACGGGCUGGUGUCCGACUACGGCACCGCCAGGCGGGCCGGGACCCCCUCCGACCCUCGGCGGCGGCUCAGGAGCUACGAGGACAUGCUGGUGGACGAGGUGGCCCCGGACCGGUACUACUGGGCGCCGCUGGCCCAGCACGAGCGGGGCAGCCUGGCCAGCCUGGACAGCCUGCGGAAGGGCGGCGCGGGGCCGGGCGGCUGGCGCCAGCCGGAGCUGCCGGAGGUGAUCGCCAUGCUGAGCUUCCGCCUGGACGCCGUCAAGUCCAACGCCGCGGCCUACCUGCAGCACCUCUGCUACCGCAACGACAAGGUGAAGACGGAGGUGCGCAAGCUGAAGGGCAUCCCGGUGCUGGUGGGGCUGCUGGACCACCCCAAGAAGGAGGUGCACUACGGCGCCUGCGGGGCUCUCAAGAACAUCUCCUUCGGCAAGGACCAGGACAACAAAAUCGCCAUCAAGAACUGCGACGGAGUCCCGGCCCUGGUGCGGCUGCUGCGCAAGGCCAGCGACAUGGACCUCACCGAGAUCAUCACCGGGACGCUCUGGAACCUGUCCUCGCACGACUCCAUCAAGAUGGCCAUCGUGGACCACGCGCUGCACGCCCUGACCGACGAGGUCGUCAUCCCCCGCUCGGGCUGGGAGCGGGAGCCCAACGAGGACUCCAAGCCGCGCCACAUCGAGUGGGAGUCGGUGCUCACCAACACCGCCGGCUGCCUCAGGAACGUGAGCUCGGAGCGCAGCGAGGCGCGUCGGAAGCUGCGGGAGUGCGACGGGCUGGUGGAUGCGCUGAUCUACAUCGUCCAGUCUGAGAUAGGCCAGAAGGACUCUGACAGCAAGCUGGUGGAGAACUGUGUGUGCCUGCUGAGAAACCUGUCCUACCAAGUCCACCGUGAGAUCCCCCACGCUGAGCGCUACCAGGAGACUCCUCUGGCCCCUGCCAACAAUGCUGGGCCCCAUGCUGCAAGCUGCUUUGGCACCAAGAAGGGCAAAGACGAGUGGUUCUCCAGAGGUAAAAAGCUCCCAGAAGAGCCUGGUGCUGAUGCAGUGGACUUUCCCAAGAGAACAACUCCAGCCAAAGGCUACGAGCUGCUCUUCCAGCCGGAGGUGGUGCGGAUAUACAUCUCCCUCCUGAAGGAGAGCAAGACCCCAGCCAUCCUCGAGGCUUCCGCAGGAGCCAUCCAGAACCUGUGUGCUGGCAGCUGGACGUACGGCCGCUGCAUCCGCUCGGCGCUGCGCCAGGAGAAAGGGCUCUCCGCCAUCGCCGACCUGCUGAGCCACGACAGCGAGCGCGUGGUGAAGGCUGCCUCCGGCGCCCUGCGCAACCUGGCUGUGGACACCAGGAACAAGGAGCUGAUAGGUAAACAUGCCAUCCCCAACCUAGUGAAGAACCUGCCUGGAGGCCAGCAGACCCCAGCCAAGAACCUCUCUGAGGACACAGUGGUGUCAGUCCUCAACACUAUCAAUGAAGUAAUUGUAGACAACCUGGAGGCUGCCAAGAAGCUGCGAGAGACGCAGGGCAUUGAGAAGUUGGUGCUGAUCAACAAAUCUGGGAACCGCUCAGAGAGAGAAGUCAGAGCGGCUGCCCUGGUCCUGCAGACGGUCUGGGGGUACAAGGAGCUGCGGAAGCCCCUCGAGAAGGAAGGUUGGAAGAAGUCAGAUUUCCAGGUGAACCUGAGCAAUGCAUCUCGGACCCAAGGGGGCAACUCCUUUGAUGACAGCACCUUGCCUCUCAUUGACAGGAACCAAAAAUCAGACAAGAAAUCCUCCCGGGAGGAGAUCCAGAUGAGCAACAUGGGACCAGACUAUUCCACGCUGAACGAGAGGGACCACAGCAGGACACUGGACCGCGCCGGUGACCUGGGAGAGAUGGAGCCUGUGAAGGCAGUGCCCUUGAUGCAGGAGGAGGGGCAGGAACUGCAGCCUGAGGUGGAGGAGGAUGCUGCCCUGUGCCCCCCCGUGUCGCAGAAGAUCUAAGCUGCCAUCCCUGCCUCCACUCAGUCUGGGUUGCUAAUAUAUUAUAUAUAUAAAUAUAUAUAAACUCCUCGUGGUGGAACAGACUCACUUCUGUCUCAUUGGGAAUUGUCUGCUGGACUGCCUGUGCCAACGAAGCCAGCCACACCACUGGGCCUGGGCCCCCAGGGGGCCGCCCUGCCUCUUCGAGACUGCUGCACCUCCCUGUUCUGGGACACCUCAACCAAUAACUCCUCCUUCCUGGCCAUCACCUCCACCUUCCUUCAGAGGGUAAAACCUCCUGCUGGCCUCUGCCAGGCCAGCUGCUGUCAUGCUGCAAAAGGACUCCGGAUCUCUGCCUCGACCAGGAGCUGCCUUCUCUCCCGAGCCUUCGCUCUGCCACGCAGACACCUGCAGGGACAGACUGGGACUUCAGUUGCUGCCUUUUUGGUUUUGGGGGGGGGGUUGUUGCC